GAUAGAAAAUAAUGAUGGAUAAACCAAGUUGGUGUUUAAGAGAUAUUACACACUCUUAUCCUAACUUGGGGUUUGAAUCUAGAAUUUAAUUAAGAUAUGACACACUUAAUCAAAUAUCUAGAACCUAAAACUCACACUUAAGAUAACCACUCUUAAGAUAUAGAAUUAUGAAUUUGGCUAAAAUAGCAUCACACUAUUUUAAUAAUACUCAAAGAGUAAAAGGGUUUGUUUUCUUUUGGAGGUUGCUUGGUUUCGAGCCGUUAUUUCUUGGUUUUUUCUUUGAUUUUUUUUCUCUCAUUCUGCAAUGGCCGAGGACGGGAGGGUUCGAAUCGAGAAGUUCAACGGUACUGAUUUUGCAUGGUGGAAAAUGCAAAUAGAGGCGUUGCUUGGUGAGUGCGAUUUGGACAUCGUACUGGAAGAGAAACCGGAUGGAAUGGAUAAGGCUGCUGAAGCAAUUUGGGACUCAAAGGACAAAAAGGCAAGAGGUAAAAUUACACUAGCUUUGACGAGGAGUGUGGCGUUUAAUAUCAUGAAGGAAACAACUGCUCGUGGUAUGUUAACAGCUCUGUCAAAUAUGUAUGAGAAACCGUCGGCCGGUAAUAGAGUGUUCUUGAUGAGGGAAUUGUUCAUGAUGAGAAUGAACGAGGGCAGCCCAGUUGCUGAUCACAUUAAUGAGGUCAAUUCGAUCUUGUCGAGGUUGUCAUCAGUAGGCAUGAAGUUCGAUGAUGACACUCAGGCUGUGAUUCUGUUAUCUUCCUUGCCUGAUAGUUGGUCGGGAUUUGUGACAACGGUUACUGAAACUGCUGGAACAGGAAACUUGAAGUUUGAUCGGAUACGGGAUAGUGUUUUGGGUGAAGACAUUCGCCGGAGGAACGCUAGUGGAGGAUCUACUUCUGGUACAGUUCUGAAACGUCGUUGGGUUUUGAGGACCAAGAAUCCGAACGUUAAAAUCUCUCCUGGGAAUAGUUUGCUGGAUUUGGAGAGUGGUAAUGGUCCUCGGUGUAUCUCUGGAUCCGGUGGAUUGUGCAAGCCGGUUGAGACAGAGGCUGUGGCGGAUACAGUCACGACUGGGUUGGAGCUCGGUGGAGCUUCAACUGUCCUUUCAGCAUUAGAAAGCAAAUGGGAAGAGGAAGAAAUACCAGAGGAUAGCUUGGGGUUUGAGGUCCUUGAAACAGAACCUUGUAUAUCCUUCCAUGCUGUUAAUGGCAUUGCGGGUUAUCAAACCAUGAAGGUCACUGGACAUUUUGGGAAGAAAUCUAUUCAGAUACUAAUAGAUUUGGGAAGCACACAUAAUUUUUUGGAUAUUAAUUUGGCUAGGAAGUUGGGUUGCAGGCUAGAGGCUAUAUCCUCACAACCAGUGACAGUAGCAAAUGGAAGUACAUUGAGCUGUCAAUAUGUGUGCAGAUAUGUUAAAUGGAGGCUGCAAGGUACUGAUUUUUUUACUGAUGUAAUCCUCAUCCCUCUGGGUAGUUGUGACAUAGUUUUGGGAGUCCAAUGGUUGAGCACAAUAGGAACCAUUAAAUGGAAUUUCAAGGACUUGCAAAUGGAAUUUCAAUUUAAAGGGAAGGGUCAUGUACUAAGAGGAUUGCAGGGUCCAAAGGUAAAAAUUCUGGAAGGGUCUCAACUACCUAAAGCCUUAACUGAAGCCUGCCAUUUCUGUAUGCUACAAGCCGCACCAACAAGGAAACAACAAAAUCAAAGGUGGGAGGAUGAUGAUUGGCAGUGUGGAUCUACAACCACUAAAGUAACUGAGCCAAAGAUAAGUGGGUUAUUGAAACAGUUUGAGGAGUUAUUUCAAGAACCAAAGGGUCUACCACCUACCAAAGAUAUUUUUGACCACAGGAUUCCUCUGAAAUCUGAAUCAAUACUAAUAAGCAUUAGACCUUACAGGAGUGGGAAAGAAAAUACUGUGGCAGAUGCUCUAUCUAGAGUCAAAGGGUCAGAGUUGCUAGCCAUGGCUAUAUCAGGGAUACAAUCUGAUGUGUUAGAGGUUAUUAAGGAGAGUUACCAGCUGGAUGACCACUUAAUGGCUAUCAUAGCUCAAUUACAUCAAGGGAAGCAACUCAAAGCAUUCAAGGGACUUCUUCCUAAGCAACCUCAUAUCCCAGAAUGGUUGCAAGGAAGGAAUGUAGCUGUGCCUCUCAGGCCUACUGCCAUACUAGAGUCUAGAAAGGAGACUGGUCAAAAAAGGCAAUGGAGCAGCAGUGCAGUACUUGGUGCAGUGGGAGGGCCAACUAGCAGAGGAUGCCUCAUGGAAGGAUGCUAAGGAGAUUCAACAAAAAUUCCCUGAAUUUUUUUUAUGUAUAAAAGUGUGCUUAGUCUAUACGUGUAAAAGUUCUUUUGGGAGGGAGAAGUCUUUUCUUUAAGGGGCAAGGAAUGAUAUAGCCAUAUAGGUGGGUGACGUGUCACCAUUUGUUAGGAGAAGUUAAGUGGUUAGAUGAGUUAGUUAGAUUCUAACCUCUUAAAUAACCACCUACUGUCUUGUAAUAAUCACUUUCGGAAUAAUCAAGAACCUUUACCCUC